UUUGAGCAGAUGUUUUGAUAGCUCCAAGUGAAAAACAACCUUUGUUGAACUCAUAGGUUAGAAGCAAUUAAAGUUCAUUAGGUUUAGAUGAAAGUUAAUAUAAUUAUUAGUUAAAAAUUAUAAAUAAAAUAUUUUAAUAUGUCAUUUACAACUAGUUAUACUCCACACUAUCUUUCAAUGACUGAUAUUUUAGUGACUGAAGAAAGAAUAUCAUGUAAAACAGAAGAACCUCUACCCCGUUUAGGUUUCCUUGACGUCACGUCUGAUUCACCAGAUUUAAAAAAAGGAACAAAAUUAGAACUUCCAUUCUGGUUAGCCCAAUCAUUACAUUGUAGAAGACGGCCUAUUGUUAGCGUAGAAAUACCUAAAGUGUACAAAGAAAGUUACAGAGAAAUUUUGGAAGCUGAUGCAUGUGCUGUGACAUUAAGUAAAUGGAAUCCAUAUUAUUAUGAAUUAGGAAUGCUUGUAGCUCAAUUAAAUAGUCGUGAGAGUGAAAGCAUAAAGAAUUCUUUAAUAUUAACCUUCAAAUCUAGGAUAAAAUUAAUAGUGGACUGGGCUCAAAAUCCAUAUUCAGAUGUGACUCUUUUUAAUCAAUUGCCAUUCUUAGAGAAGAAUUUGUUUUCGAUAGGACGAAAAGCAAGAAACACAUUGAUAGAUUGGCUUAAAGAAGGUAGUGGUAAUAUUGAAAAGUCAGAAUUAGUAGCAAAUUUCAUGAAAAAGCGUAAAAGAGAAGAAUUUGAAACUCAUUGAAUAAAGAAAUUAUUCUUUAAUUAUUUAAAUUGGUAUUUAGUAGGAAAUUAUGAAAAAAAAAUUUACCAAAUUACAUAUUCCUUUAUUUAAAGAUACAAUCAUGAUUCUAAUAUUAGUAAUAAUAAUUCAUAACAGUAAUAAUGUUGAUAAUAAUAAUAUUUUUUUAUACAAUAAUAAUUAAAUAACAAGAAUAAAUUUUAUGUACAAUUGAUCGCAUUAUUUAAACAUGUAAUGUAUAUUAUUAGAUCCCAAAUCGUAUUUUUGUUA